AUGCUUUCCAGUCGUCUCCUGGCGGCCCUCGGUCUCUUCGGCCUCGUUGCCGCCUCCCCGCAGAUCCAGGUUGCCCCCUCUAACGCCGCCGAUUGCCCGCGAACCAUGUGCCUCGACGGCAUCAACCCGGAGUCCGCACCUGAGGCCGACGAUGCCGCCGUGCAAGUCCACGCUGAGCAGAUCGACCGUCUCCAGGACACCGCUGCCGCUUCUCAUCCCGACGAGGUCUCCGAGGCCUAG